UCAGGUACGCUCUUAAUCGAUUAUCCUUCAUCUUCACCUCAAUUUAGGGAGAAAUAGGUUUUAAUAAUCAUAAGAUUCAACGCCUUUGAUCCCAUUUUCCGGGUUGUAUUUUAUUGUAUGAUGUCCACAUCCAUCCUUACGUUCACAUGAGAUUAAUCUCGUUGAUUUGAUCCUUCAUGUUCAUUUUCAGCUACAUUUUCUCGUUUUUGAUACGAUUCAGUUAGUUGAUUAAUAUGGAAUUGACAUGAGAAAAAUAAUUGAAGAUUGUAUUUUAGGGUUCAUGUGACGUUUUCCAAUUUUUGUUUCUGAGAUUUUGAAUUUUCUAUGGUGAAUAAAGCAUUUUGAUAAGAUAUGGAAGAAACGGUAUUUACACCUGCAAUAGAAGGAAUGAAGCAUAUGAAGUCCGAUCAUGGAGAAAUCUUAACUAAGCCUUUCUUAGACGCAUGCAAAACAUUGCUGCCUAUUCUAGAUAAAUUCGGAGCUUCCAUGGCUGUUGUAAAAUCCGAUAUAAGUGGAAACAUAUCAAGAUUGGAUUCUAAGUAUAAUGAAAACCCUACUAGAUUCAACUACUUAUAUGCUCUUGUUCAAGCCGAAGUUGAAACAAAUACUGCAAAGAAUUCAUCAAGUUGCACCAAUGGUCUUCUUUGGUUAACAAGAGCAAUGGACUUCUUAGUGGAACUUUUCCGUAACUUAUACCAACAUCAAGAUUGGUCAAUGCAACAAGCUUGCAAUGAUUCCUAUAGCAAGACUUUGAAGAAAUGGCAUGGAUGGAUUGCAAGUUCAAGUUUCACUGUUGCCAUUAAGCUGGUUCCUGAUAGGAAAAAGUUCAUGGAUGUGAUAGCAAGCAAGGGAGAUACAUAUGUUGACAUGGACAAAUUCUGUGAAUCCUUUUCACCAGUUUUGGUUCAGAUUCACAAGUUCUUGCAUUCUUGUGGUUUGGAUUCUAUGAAGGCGGCAUGAUGGAAUAAGUCUCUAUGGUCUAUUGAAACCUUCUUUUUGCAUCAAUUUCUUGAUAAUUUUUGGUUAUCCCUCCCCUAGCUUCGAUUUAUUUCAUUUUUUUUUAUCUAAAUGUACUCUUUUAAUUAGAAAUUGAUAAAUGAAUU